UAAUUUGAUUUGGGGUGAUAUUUAGACACAAGAAUAUAUGAUCUUUUUCACUUAUAAAAUUUUCACUUUCUUUUAAAUUAGACGCAAAUACAAAAAGUAACUUCAAAUAUUUUCUUUUGAAAAAAUCACCACUUUUUUAUGCCAAUAAUUUCCCAACUGAUCUAAAAUAUUUGGUGGUAUUUUUCGCAGUGAUAGGUAAAUAUAGCACCCAUCACCGAUUUAUGCUAUUAAACUUUCUAUUUGAAUAAAAUAAAAAAAACAGAGAUGAAACGAAUGAUAAUACAAAAAAAAGGUCUAUACACUAAUAUUUUGUGUAUCGAGCUUUGCAGAAACAACUCAGCUACAAAGAUUUAAAAAAAUAAUAAUUGAAAAAAGAAAAAAAAAAAAAAAACAUUUUGCUUUUGCUGAGAGAGCAAUAGUAGGAUAGAAAAGGUGGAAAGUCUUUGGAAGAUCUGAAUUUGUAGUGAGAAAGUUAGCAGAGCAGACAGAGAAGCUGAAUUUCUCAUAGAAGGUGUUGGACCGAGCAAGAUGGCAUAUGAAUUAGAUGAGCAAAAAAAGGUCGGGUUAGGUCUCAUUGGAUUUGGCAUCCUUUUCACAUUUCUUGCCAUCAUUUUGUUCUUCGACAGGGGUUUGCUUGCUCUCGCUAAUAUACUUUUGUUGGCGGGUGUAGCACUUCUUCUGGGCUUGCAUUCUACAUUACAGCUCUUCAAAGUAAACUACAAGGGCACGGUAUCGUUUAUGCUUGGGCUCUUCCUUAUAUUCGUUCGCUGGCCAGUUGUGGGUAUCAUUGUGGAAAUAUAUGGAUGCAUUGUUCUCUUUGGCUGCUUCUGGCCGUCCAUCAAGGGUUUUCUUUUCCAGAUUCCUGUAUUUGGAUGGAUUCUGCAGUAUCCUGCUCUGCUUCUUGACCGCUUUCGAAGGUGACUGAUGAAUGUGCUCCAGUAAGUAAUCCUGUUGAAUUCUCGUCAUUUUUUGAUGAGUUUUUGCACAAAGGAGGAAGAAUAUACUCAGCUACGUCGCAUCAAAGUUGUUUUUUUCACGUAAUGCAGGUUGAUGUCUCCUCGAUCUCAAAUGUAUAUUAUUACGUGGAUUAGGAUUAUCGUUAGUUCUUAACCAACAGUUCUUGUUCUCAUGUAUCUCAUACCAUGUCUAAAUUUUAAGGGAACUUUUCAACAUAUUUGGUUGAGAAGAGGUGACUGUUAAGGGCUAGAAUUGCAAAGCCUUCUCUUUGUAUCACAUUUCACCAACUAUACAUGAUGCAAUUUUUUGUA